AUGAACUCGACACUUAUUGGAACAGCCCGCGAGGUGUUUGAGCACUACCCGCACCUCACCGUGCUCGAGAAGCUAUGGAAAUCUUGGUACGAUUAUAUGGAUAACGAUGUCCUUGCUACCGGCCUGCUUUUCUUCCUCACACACGAAAUUGUCUACUUUGGAAGAUGUCUACCGUGGAUGGUGAUUGAUAGGAUCCCGUUUUUCCGCCGCUGGAAGAUCCAGCCAACCUAUAUUCCUUCUGAAAAGGAGCAAUGGGAGUGUCUCAAGUCUGUGCUACGCUCCCAUUUUUUGGUCGAGGCACUUCCAAUCUGGACGUUCCAUCCGAUGUGUCAAAAACUGGGCAUUAGCGUUGACGUCCCAUUCCCGUCCUGGACGAAGAUGUGCCUCGAGUUUUGUCUGUUCUUUGUGCUCGAGGAUUUCUGGCAUUACUGGGCUCACAGACUGUUCCAUUAUGGCCCAUUUUACAAGUAUGUUCACAAACAGCACCACAGAUACUCUGCUCCGUUUGGUCUCACUGCUGAGUAUGCUCACCCGAUUGAGGUGAUGUCGCUUGGCUUUGGAACCAUCGGCUUCCCGAUCAUUUAUGCAUACUUCACAAGAAACCUUCAUCUGUUCACCAUUACCUGCUGGGUUUGCCUACGUUUAUUCCAGGCGGUGGAUGCACAUUCCGGCUACGACUUCCCGUGGUCGCUGCACCAUUUCGUCCCCUUCUGGGCUGGUGCAGAGCACCACGAUCUCCACCACCACUACUUCAUAGGCAACUACGCCUCAUCUUUCCGGUGGUGGGACUACACGCUGGACACUGAGGCCGGCCCAGAGGCAAAGAAACAGCGCGAACAGAGAUGGAAGGAGAAGGAGGAGAAAAAGCUCCGCGAGCAAUUGCUGAAAGAGAAGCUCCAGUAG